ACUCAGAGACGACAGAGACAGUUUAAUGGCUGUCUUGGAAGCGUUCGUGUACGAUCCUCUGAUCAAUUGGCGUCUGAUGGAAACCGGUGGACAAGGGAAGAAGAAGAAAAACAAAAUGGCCCCAGCCGAUGAGCUGAUCGACCACUCAGACUAUGGUGUGACGGUGUACCGCGUCAAGAACAGAGACGACCCGCAAGACAUCGCCGAUGCCCAGCCCGAAGUGGUCAGCGAACGUGCUGUGCAGGUCAUCAACCGAGUGCAGGCUAAACUGACUGGUCGCGACUUCAAAGCCACAGAAACAUUGAGCGUUGAGCUCCAGGUCGAACGACUCUUGGCCCAAGCAACCUCGCAGGAGAAUCUGUGCCAGCUUUACGUAGGAUGGUGUCCCUUCUGGUAGUGACUUCACCCUGAACUCCCCUAUAAACAUGUCGAACGACAUAGAAUCCUAUUGUUUUAGGGUUUUAUAAAACCCUAUACCCCCGUGUCGAGAAGGCCAUCAAGAAGGAGGAUAGAAUCAACACAGACGCGUUUGAAGCUCAUAGUGUACGCUUCAUACCACGAGUGUGAAUGUGGGUAUAGUGUAAGCUUCAUGAGUGUGAAUGUGGGUAUAAUGUAAGCUUCAUACCACGAGUGUGAAUGUGGGUCGAAUUAGUUGCCGAUAUGUGCAAUCGAGUACCCUAAUUCGGCUGUUCCCACAUGAGCUCUGAUAUAUAGAGUGACAAGCACACUCACUAUACUCGUGGCUGAUAAGUGAGACGGCAAAGAUAGUUUGGAAUGUUCUGCCGCCAUAUCUUUGCCCAGUUGUGUUGGGCACUGUCUGAGGGAUGGUGCCAUCGCAGCCCUACUACCGGUAGUGGUAUGAAUUUGCUUGUUCCUGUCUCUACGAUUGAGGACAGAUGUCUACGAUGCGCAAUUGGGAUUUCAUCACCCAAAGACAAGGAGAGACAACAUUAAAUGAAUGUAUUUACUGGUUCC